AUCGAUUUCUCCAGCUGCCUCCCCCUGCCCCCUCUCUUCAACGCAACAUCCAGCAGCAUACCUCGAGGCUCCCAGUCGACGCGCUCAUCUCGGAACAACCGUUUUUCACGUGUGUCGGUAACACCAACGAUCGCCUACCCCGCACCUCCGUGAAGUCCACCCCGCAGCCAAACGCGUCCAACAUGUCCACCACGGUCUCUGCUGAACGUUUCGAGGAGGUCCCCCUCGCUCCCCCGGACAGCAUCUUCAAGUUGACCGCUGCCUACCGGGCUGAUACCCACCCCGACAAGAUCAACCUUGGUGUCGGCGCGUACCGCGACGAUAAUGGCAAGCCCUGGGUGCUCCCCGUCGUCAAGAAGGCCACGGAUAUUCUCCUGAAUGACGCCACCCUCGACCACGAAUAUCUCAACAUCACCGGCUUGCCGGAAUACACCGCGGCAGCGGCGCGCCUCAUCUUUGGCGACGAUUCGCCCGUGAUCAAGGAGGGACGCGUCGCGAGCGUGCAGACCAUCUCUGGGACGGGCGCGAACCAUCUCGGCGCGCUAUUCUUGAGCAAGUUUUAUGGCUGGAACGACAAGCGCGUCUAUCUCAGUGAUCCCACCUGGGUCAACCACCACGCCAUCUUCCCCCAGGUCGGCGUGCCGGUCUCCACCUACCCCUACUACGAUCCGCAAACGAUCGGGCUCGCGUUCCCCGCGUUCCUCGACGCGCUGAAGAACGCGUCUCCGCGCUCCGUGUUCCUCCUGCAUGCGUGCGCCCACAACCCCACGGGCGUCGAUCCGACACGGGAGCAGUGGGGGGCUAUCGCCGACGUGAUGCUGGAGAAGGGCCACUUCGCGUUCUUCGACAGCGCCUACCAAGGCUUCGCGAGCGGGGACCUGGUGAACGACGCCUGGGCCGUGCGGGAGUUUGUAAGGCGGAACGUGCCGCUCCUGGUCUGCCAGAGUUUCGCGAAGAACGCCGGGCUGUACGGCGAGCGCGUCGGGGCGCUGCACGUCGUUGGCGCGUCGAAGGAGGCGGCUGCCCGGAUCACGAGCCAGCUGUCGGUGCUCGCCCGGGCGGAGAUCAGCAACCCGCCCGCACACGGAGCGCGCCUGGUUUCGCUCAUCCUCAAUGACCCCGCGCUGUUCGAGGAGUGGAAGCGCGACAUCAAGACGAUGGCCGGGCGCAUCAUCGACAUGCGCAAGGAGCUGCACCGGCUGCUCACGGAGGAGCUGAAGACGCCCGGGAACUGGGAUCACAUUGUGAACCAGAUCGGCAUGUUCAGUUUCACUGGGAUCGGCCCUACACAGAGCCAGGCGCUGGUCGAGAAGGCGCACGUCUACCUGACUGCGAACGGGCGCAUUUCGAUGGCGGGGCUGAACUCGCACAACGUGCGGUACUUUGCGACCCAGCUGGACAAGGCUGUUCGAGGCACGCUCUAGACGGAAGGGGGGGCAACGGUUGCGGGCGGGGAUGUAGGAAUGCACUCAUCUGGAAGGGAAAGGAGAUAGACAAGGAAACGAUUACCAGGAUACGGAGGCGGCGGCGGCGGCAGUUGUUGUAGACCGGGGACAGAGACGCCGGCGGGUGUAGAAUAGAGAGCGUGGGAAAUGACGUGUUGUUCCU